CACAGGAAAUGAGGUGGAGCUCCCCAGCAGCCCACAGAGACCUUCCUGGCUGUCCUAGACAGGGCCAAGCAGCAACCCCACGGUGGCCUUGGUCUCCCUUCCCUGUUUACAGGAUGAGGCCACCAGUGCCUUUAGCCCCGCUAGCCCUCUGGGUCCUGGGGUGCUUCUCCCUGCUCCUCUGGCUGUGGGCACUGUGCACAGCCUGCCACAGGAAGCGGGCUCAGAGGCAACAAACUGGGCUGCAGGGCAGUUUGAUACCAGUGGAAAUGUCACUACUGAGACAGGCCCACGUCCGCUCCCUCAGCAAGUCUGACACCAGAUUGCAUGAGCUUCGCCCAGGCCUACGCUGCAGCAUAGCCCCACGGCCUGCUAGCAUGGAUCUCCUACAUCCACACUGGCUGGAGGUAUCCAGGGGCAGCACCAGGUCUCAGGUAAUCCCCUCUGCCUUCCCACCUCGGCAGCUGCCCAGGGCCCCUCCUGCUGCCCCUGCAACUAGCCCUGAGGCCACUUACUCCAAUGUCGGACUGGCUGCAAUUCCCAGGGCCAGCCUGGCUGCCAGCCCUGUGGUGUGGGCUGGAACACAGCUGACCAUUAGCUGUGCCAAGCUUGGGCCUGGGGCCGAGUAUGCCUGCAUCCAGAAGCGCAAAGAGACAGAACAGGGCUACCACGAAUUGCAGGAGAAGGCUAAGGUGAUCCCAGCUACUCAGAUGGAUCGCCUGUACUCCAGGGUCUGCAAGCCUAAAAGGAGAGACCCAAGACCUGGCACAGAUCAGCCGGAUCCCCAGGGUGGGAGAGGAAUUGUGGCCCUUGGGAGUGAUGUGGAAUAUGAAGCCAUCGCUCUCAGGGGCCGGGAUAUGAACCAAGAUCCCUUAGAAAACGUGUAUGAAAGCAUCAGGGAGAUGGGCCCCUGAGCAUCUGAGCCUCACAUCCUGUUUAUUAACACGCGUUGACACAGUAAGGGUACCAAGGUUUGAUUGCAGAUCCUCCAGUGUCCUUCCACCCCCCACAGCUCACAGCACAAAUUUCAGGUCCAGUCCUUGUGGCCUAAUUAAA